AUGUCCGAAGAACUACUAUUUAUUAGGCAAGCCAUAGAUGCUUUAGUGUCUACAUCAGAAGAAAUAUCUAGUGUCAAUCCAACUAUACGGGAAUUAUUAGAAAGAAUGAAACCAACUAGUUCAAAUCAAAAUAUAAUUAGCUAUUCACUUAAUGGCAAUACUAACAAUAAUAAUAAGAGUAAGAGUAGUAGUAAUAAUGAUGCAAAUAAUAUAAGUAAUAUAUCGCCCCUUUCUCCAGCUCCAACUGCCAUGUCAUCAUCGUUUUCUGUAGCUAAUAGUGCCAUGCAAGAAAAAUUUAAAUAUGUCAUUCCUAAUCAAACAAUGAUGGAUGCGAUGAAUUUUAAACCUAUUAGCAUUCCUUCUGUUCUUAAUGACAAUAUUCCGCAAAUAAAUAACACACCAAUAGACUCUCAAAUAUUAUCUGAAAAUCUUGCCCGUUCUACACAAAAAUUGGGUCGUAGAAGAAAGACAGAAAAACCGCCUGAAGAAAAAUUCUAUUGUAAUAAGUGUGAAUUAGUAUUUACCAAAAUGUCUGAGUUAAAACGACAUGAAAAAGGCCAUUUGCUUAUAUUACCACAUAUUUGCUCGAGAUGUGGGAAAGGUUUUGCAAGAAAAGAUGCUUUGAAAAGACAUGGUAAUACGUUGACCUGUGAUAGAAAUAGAAAAAAAUUGAAAGAGGCCCUCGGCGACAAAUAUGAAGAAUAUAUAGCUAGAGCACAUAGAGAUGGUAUAAGUAUAUAG